AGGAACGCACCAAAAGCGUUUUGAGCCGCAAGUGAUGCUUCUUCGGUAAAUGCAAAAUUUCCCGUAAGAAACGAAGCCGGACGGCGAAAAGUGUUGUUUGCCUGCACGGCGGGCCCUCCGUCGGCCACGGUAAAGUGUAGAAAAGUUCGUUUCGGUGCCGGCGUACGGUGGAAAAAGUGUGGUAAAGUUCCGUCUGCAGUCGGUGCUUGGAAAACGGCAUCCCUGCGGGGUGUACCGUGUUGGCGGUGUAGGGGGAGUGGACGAACAAGCGACGAACAAAAAAAAAAAAAAAGAAAGAAUAUUAGGCGCUUUUCGAAGUGUGGAUUGAAGUGAACCAAAGCUGAACGCAGUAGUGGGAAAUAUUUGUAUCUACCGGCCGCUUGGCGAAAAACAGCACGAUGUCAACAAAAGCAAGCGAAGAAGAAUCGUCCUCCCAUUUGGAUGAGAGCGAUAUUGCGGACGAGUUUAUUGAUGAUGACGGGGAUAAACCAGGAUACUUUCCUGGGAAAACGGUCACCCUGCAAAUGCUGCUCGGUGCGAACGUUCUGCAACCCGGCAAGGGUGCCAUGACAAUAGAAUAUCUCGGACAAAAGUUCGUUGGUGAUCUGAUGGCCGAUGGUAAAAUUAAAUCACAGGAGACGGAAACCAUCUUCUGCUCGCCGAGUGCCUGGGCGAUCUACUGCAAGCGCAUCAUCAACCCGGACAAAAAGUCCGGCUGCGGAUGGGCCUCGGUGAAGUACAAGGGACGCAAGCUGGACGCGUACAAGGCGGCCUACUACCGGAAGCAACAGAAGGAACGCGAUCAAAAGGACGACACUAUAGUGGAAGAUCCAGUGGAAGAAAUUGAGGAGGAUAAGACGGCGAUGGAACCGCCUCCGGUUCGGCGCAAUAUCGUGUCGCACAAUACGAUAAGCAAUCGUAAUAUUAUGCACGACUCAAACACCCUCAUCGAAGCGGUUCCGUUUACCUCGAUCGGUAAGAUGCAACCGUUCCUCGUGACGGUAAGCACCUCCACGCUGCUCGUCAUGGAUUUUCACUGCCAUCUGACCAACCACGAGGUGUGCGGGUAUCUAGGUGGCACCUGGGACAUCAACGCGCACAAUCUAUCCAUAACGCACGCCUUCCCGUGCCGGAACACGCGGCACGAUCGCGAUAAGGCGGCCCUUUGCGAGCUGCAGAUCCAGAAGCUGAUGAUAAAGAAGAAUAUCAACCUGGUCGGUUGGUACCAUUCGCAUCCGCGGUUCCCGGUGCAGCCGACGUUGCGUGAUUGCGAUGCCCAACUAGAUUACCAGAUUCGUAUGCGCGGACCGACCGAGGCUUCCUACAUUCCAUGCAUUGGGUUCAUAUGCUCUCCAUACGACGACCAGAACAGUGCGCUCGAGUCGAACGUAAUGUCGUUCUGGGUGAUGCCACCGCCGGAGAACCGUCCGGCCGAGUACGGCCGACCGAUGCUGAUGUCGUACACGCUCGUCCAGGACGAGACGCUGUCGGAGGACGUGAAGGAGGAGAUGAUGCUGACCGUCGACUACUACAAGCAAUUCAAGCGCGAGCUAAUCAACUUCCAGUCAAUUUACGCCAACGAGGUACCGUACAUUGAGAAGCUGCGCAAAUCACUUAGCCCGCGGUUCCCGCGUGACUCCACUUCCGGGCACUUUUGGAAUUGGGUGCGCGAGCUGCUGGGCCUGGACCCGGAGGAGAUACCGGAGGUGGUGGUCAUCCCGGACCCACCACCACCACCACCUCCCGUCCCACUGGACGACGGGGGAAAGCACGACGACGUGACGAUCGUAUCGCAAACGGCGGGACCACAAGUGCAGCCUCAGGUGGUCAACCUCGUGAACAGCGCCGAAGAGAGCAGCAUCGGUGGGGAGGCGAAGAACGAGGAGGACUUUGAUGGUGCGUCGGAGAUGGGCGAUUCGGACGUAAUCUCGUUGAAGGAUGACGAUGGCAAACCGUCCGGUCCGUCGAUCGCGGUGCCGAGUUUGCAGGCGCAGCUGAAGCGACCGUCCGGCUUGAACAUGACUCCAUCGCCCUUGUCCAGCUCGUUGGUGGUGUUGCCAACCAACUUGACGGGCCAACCGACGACGGGCGUUUCGAACAACGGCAGUGCCGUUCCGAAUCCGAUGCCGACGGCUACUAAUCUGUCCAUGAACAAUACCAGCGGGGGCCAGAUGAUAAUCAACAACCAUCAACAACAGCAGCACCAUCAGCAGCAGCAGCAGCAGCAGCAUCAGACCCCGAUGGCCCUCGUUGGAGGACCUACGCUGGCGGCUACCAAUACAUCGUCCCCGCGCGAUAGCCCCAUCACGAUUCCCUCGAAUUCGGCCAGCCCGGCCAAGUUCGAGAUUCCUGUGCGUGCGAGCCCAUCGCCCGCCAAGUCGGACACCUCGUCGUGCCGCAGCCGCACCCGCAACUCCCCGGCACCGAGCCCCGGCAAGCUUUCGAUCGGUGACUUCUUGGGAAGUGCGGCGACGGCAGGAAACCGAGGAAGCCCCACGCUAAGUUCCCUCAUUGGAAGUAUGGGAGCCGGUGGGCAGGCCGGCGGAGGAUCAUCCAGCGGCGGGGCCGGAGGUGUCCCGUCGAACAUUCACGAUCUUUACGCGGCCACAUUCGCUUCGCUCGGCAGUGCGCUUCCUUCGAAUCUGCUCUCGCAGGACUAUGCCGCUCUGUUUGGUCAAGCCGGUGCGGGCCAGGGCGGUGGAAAGGGACAGCGUGGUGGUGACGAGUACGGACUGUCGGCACUGACCGCCCUGGCCCAGGUGGCGGCCGCUUCGGGGUUGUCCAACUCGCAGAUCAAUGAGACGCUACUGCAUAGCCUUAACCGGAGCAUAUCGUCGAAGGGUGGUGGUGGGGGUGGCAGUACGGCCACCUCAGUGGCACCGGCGUCGUCCACCAUCACGUCGAACAGUGGCACGUCGGCGGGCGCCGGUUCGGGACUUCCACCGAUUCCGAACAUGAAGGAAUUCAUGCAGCAGCUCGAGAAGGGAAAUCUAAGCAUGCUGAUGCAAUCGCAGUACGGAAACCCCUUGGUGGGGAUGGCCGGACUGACGUCAAGCCCGGGAGGUGGAAAUGCGACGAGCGGGGGUGGUAAUCCAAACCCAACCGGAAAGUCCGGUUCGGGCCGCUCAUCCAGUAAAUCGUCCCGCUCGAAGGCGAACCAGUUGGCCCAACAGCAGCAGGCGGCGGCCGCAGCGGCCGCAGCCGUGGCCGCUCAGCAGCAGCUCCAGCAGGCCCAGCAAGCCCUCCUGCAGCACCAAUCGAUGAUGGAGUACGCCGACUUUUCGGCCAAGUUCGACCAGGGCAAGUUGGCCGACCUGAUGAAGUCGCCCGAGUACAGCCAGAUGUUGCUCCAGCAGGCGCAAGCCCUCGGCAGCUUGGGCAGCGAGAUUUCGAUCAUCAAAAAACCCAGUGGUGGCGGAAAAGGCGGCUCGAACGCGUCGAAAGACCUCUCCAUGGGGGGUGGCUCCUCCUCCUCCUCCUCUUCGGCCGCGACGUCAGCGGCGGCGAAAAAGGAGGCCGCCAGUGAGUUCGUGGCGAAACUGCGAGCCGUCUUCUCGACCGACGCGUACCUACCGCCCGUCCCGACGACGGCCGACAUCAAUCUGCUGGUGGAGCAGUCGCAGAAGUACCCGGUCGUGCAGCAGAUCCUGAACUCGGGCAACCUGGACGAUAUCCAGGUGCUGCUGAAGGCGCAAUCGCUGUCGAACAACUCGCUCGAUUUUGCCGCCUUCCUUCCGGUAGCAGGCGGCGGUGGGGGAUCGGGAGGCGGAACGAACGGAAGUAGCGGCGGAACCAUGACGUCCGGGCUCGGCGCCCUCGGCAUGCUCGAUGGGUCGUCCUCGGGUAAAUCGUCGUCGAAUUCGAAGGGAGGUGGGAAUAAUAGCAACAGCGUGGGUAACAACUCCCACAAGGGAGGGGAUGCGCAGGGGGAGAUGGCAGCUGCGGCCGCGGCAGCCGCUGCCAUGAACCCCUACCUGGCCGUCCCGAACCUUUCCGCCCUCUUCGAACCGAUCCAGCAGCAACAACAGCAACAACAACAACGCGGAGGUGGAGGUAAAUCGGGCGGUAAAGGUGAUAAGGCGUCGAAGGCGGCUGCAGCGGCGGCGGCGGCAGCAGCGGCCGCGGCCGUCAGUAGCGCCUCCGGCAUGCCCAACCCAUCCGAUAUGCUCAGCAGUCUGUUCACGUCCGGCGGGGCCGGUGGUCCCGGUGCGGCCGACAUGAACGCCCUUCUCUAUAGCCAAGCGGCGGCCGCGGCGGCUGCAGCUGGCGGCAAAGGGGCUGCCGAUUUGAACCUUCUCUUCGGUGGAGCGACUGCCGCCGCCGCCGGCACGACAUCCUCGCCCUCGGGUGCUCCCCCGCCGUGUUCCGGCGGUUCGGCAGCCGGUGGUGGAAAAGGGUCCGGACCUCUCGAUUACCUUUCGAUGUUCCCGAACUUUUCGGCCGCGGCCGCUGCCGCCACCAAGCUGCCCGACAUGUCGUCGCUGUUUGCGUCCGCGCAGGAUAAGUACGAAAUCCCGGAUCCCCUCUCGAAGGCGACGCUCGAGGCGAACAACAUGUACCUCGCCCCGUCCGCCUCGCUGCUCAAGCUGCACCAGGAAGCGUUCAACUCGAUGCUGAUGAAGCCACCGAAAUCGUCCUCCUCCUCGACGACGUCCUCGUCGACGGGUAAGAUCGAAACCCCACCACCGCAAACCUCGUCCGCCGCCGGAUCAUCCGGCGUGGCGCAGGGUGCGUCGAUCAUCGCUUCACCCGGCUCGCGCUCUACACCCACCAAGUCGGCCAGCCGUGAGAGUCCAUCACUUGGCACCACGGGAACCGGAGCCAGCGGUGGUGGUAGUGGUAGUGGUGGUGGUGGCAACUCCAAGUACAACUUUUCCGCCGUCGAUCUUGCCGUAUCCAGCGUGGUUCCGCUCGCGGCCAGCUCACCACUCGGUGCCGCCGCCGCCGCCGACCUCUCGCGGAAGACGCUGCAAACACCACCGGUCGAUAUGUCCCGCUCGUCGCCGGUCAUCCCCGGCACGACCUCGACGUCCAUGGCGUCCCCGUUGAUUGGAGGUGCCGGCACUACGCCACCGCCCGGCUCUUCCUCGUCCUCGAUUCUACCGCCGUACAAGAAGCGCAUGGAGUUUGCGUCGAUCGCUGACCUCGUCGCGGCACCGCCCGCUAAGAUGCCCAAGAUGUCGUCCGAGAAUCUCGACCCGUGAGCAGCAGGUGACCGUUAGGCCCGGAGUCAGCAAAAACAAGGGAACGGUCAGGGCGGGCGCUAUUUACACGAUAGGUACGGAACGAUUCAAUCUCCGCCACGCGACACACACAUACAACGUUUAGUUUAAGCGAGCUCUAAAGUGUUAGGGUACGAUUAAUUUUUAAGCGAUCCCUGGGAAGAAGCGAACAAAAUGAGAAAACAAUCAAGCCACUCUUUCGGAAUCUAUCGUAGCGUCUAGAUUGAAAAAUCAAACCACUUAAUUUUUAACCCCAGCUCCCCUACGGGGAGGAUUUAAUUUAACAAAAAAACGUUUUUAAAGAAACGACUAUUUCUUUUCUACACGGAGCACUGCCGAUGAUACCCGGAGUGUUUUAUGCUUUUCUUUUCGAGUCCCUUUUUCUCGCCUACUCUGUUCUCCGUGCGCUUACCGUGUUCUUGUUCGGAGUUGUUGCGAUUAGAAUGAAUCUCAUGCUCGGAUUGGAAAGGCGAACGACAGAAGUUUAACAGAGGAACAUUGGAAGAGUGGAACCCCCUUAAAAGGGAAUUGAAAUCGCAAAACGGUUUAUAUUUAAAUAUAUCUAUUCUAGGGCAGCACCUUAAGUAAGUAAAUUUCACUACGAACCGGUCGUCGGGGGGGAAAACUGUCAGUAAAAAUGCAAACGAAAAGAAGAUCAAAGUACUCCUCCAAGGAGAAAGCUGAUGAAGUUGAUAAAUAUCGUUGGGUAUCCUUCGUAUUGAUUUUCCUGAUAGCGAUGUGUGGAGGAGGUCAAUUCGAUUGUUCCAAAUGCGACGAUCGUGUUACGCUGUUUCUGGGAGAAAGGGAACGGGGAUUCAGGACGGGACAGUGACAGUGAAGGAAACCCCCUGGUAGAGAAAGUAAAUCCGUGCUGUCCGCCAUCCAACGCCAACAAGUAUUAGCGAAUAAUAAAAUCUACCUUAAUAGUAUUUUAUGUG